UCGGGGGAUUGAUAUGUGUGUGAGUGAGUUACCUACCAAUCAAUUUAAUAAGAGAGUUUCUAAAAAAAUGGCUCUUGUUGGAAAGCUUGUGAAUCAAAUAGAAAUAAAGACAUCAGCAGAAAAGUACUACAAACUCUUCAAACAUCAUAUUCAUCAUCUUCCCGAUAUCACUCCUAUCUUUCAACAGGUAACAGUUCAUGAUGGUGAUUGGGACAGUCACGGCCAUGGCUCCAUCAAAGUUUGGAAUUACACCGUUGACGGCAAAGCUGAGGUUUUCAAGGAACGAGUGGUAUAUGAUGAUAAAAACUUUGCAGUAACAGUGGUUGGGAUAGAAGGAGAUGUCUUCAACCAUUACAAAUCUUUUCAGGGUACAUAUCAAGUUGUACCCAAGGAUUCUAAGCAUUGCUUCGCUGUUUUGACCGUGGAAUAUGAAAAACUUGAUCAUAGCUGUCCUGAUCCAAAUAAGUACCUUGUUCUCAUGACUAACGUCAGUAAGGACAUUGAAUCCUUCCUUAAAUAAACGAGGCUUUGAUUACUGUAUUCUCGCGAAGCUUCAUUUUUCUAUGAAUAAAUGCUUUAGGCUUAUUAUGGUUCUUUAAGCUUAUGGAUUUUGUAAAAGUUAAAUAACGUUAUCCUCAUGUUAUGAAUGAAGCUCGGUUUUUAUGAUUUUAUUCU